AUGGUUCACAAAGUCCUCUUCUGGGGCGGCUUCGGCAUUGCCGUCCGACUUUGGCAACUCGGUAUCGAGAUGCGUCCUAUUCUCGCCAAGGAGUCUCUCUGGGUGUACCCUCUGUUCGCCGGUGUCGGUGGAAGCUUCGGCUAUUGGCUACAGGGUGUUGAGGACAGGCAGCUCAAGAUUCUCGCACAACGACGGGAAGCAAUUCUGGAGAAGCGCCGGAGACGGGAUGAACGUGAGGGAACAUUGGAGGCAGGCGCUCUGGCUGCAGCAUCGUGA